AAAUAGAUGGCAGUGGGUAGAUAUUUUAUACUCAAGACUCACUGCUGUAAAGCAUGGCAGUCAGGAUGCACCAAGUGAAAUGUCUGUUGCUGCUCUCAGCAAUUGCAAUCUGUGUUUCAGCCUCACAUUUCCUUGAUGCAGAGUGGAAUGUAUGGACAUCAAAAUAUGGGAGACAAUACAAAGAUUUAGAAGAAGAGCAAUUUAGAAGAACAGCCUGGGAGGCCAAUUGGGAAAGGGUUCAGAAACACAAUCAGCUUGCUGACCAAGGUCUCUCCAAAUACUGGAUGGCUGUGAACCACUUUGCAGAUAUGACAAAUGAAGAACUGAGGUCCAAGAGCUGCCUUAUUUACUCAGGAGAAUUUUCGAAGCCGAGUAAUAUUCCACAAAAAAGUCUCAAUGCAAAAAAUCCUAAUAUUCCAGAAGAGGUUGACUGGAGGAAAUCAAAUUGUAUUACUCCUGUUAAAAACCAAGGAAACUGUGGAUCGUGCUGGGCAUUCGCAGCGAUUGGUGUAGUGGAAUCCCGUUUAUGUCUAAAGAAUGGAAACCUUGUCCAGUUGAGUGAGCAACAACUAGUGGACUGUGACACCAGUGACAGUGGCUGCUGUGGUGGUAUGCCAUUAUUAGCACUACAAUAUGUGACAGAAAAAGGUGUAAUGAAGAGCCAAGAUUACGAAUACACACAGAAGAAAUUUACCUGCUUAUACAAACCUGAUGAAGCAAUUACACUGAAUGUAACAAAAUACUAUGGUGUGCCUGGAGAAGAUAACAUAGCAAGUUCUGUGGCAUCUGAAGGACCAAUUAUAGUUGGAUUUGGAGUGGACACUGAGUUUUUUUUUUACGUGAAGGGGGUUUAUGACGGCAGCUGUGCUCCUUAUCCAAAUCAUGCCAUUAUUAUUGUGGGUUAUGGAACAGAAUAUGAUAAGAACAAUGAGGACAAUAAUGAAGAUUACUGGUUAAUAAAAAACAGCUGGGGCGAACAAUGGGCAGAUGAGGGCUAUGGAAAAAUAAAACGCAAUGUUAACAAGUGCAGUAUUGCGGACAUGGCUGCCACAAUUGAUCUUCAAUAAUUGUCUGAUGUCAAGUUUCUGCUGGAUAAACCGCUUUUUAUACAAAUAUCUGAUCCUUACAAAUAUAUUUUUUCUCUUUUUAUUGAAUAAAUUGUCAAAUGCUUUAAAUUGUUACUUCAUAAAAU